CUCGUCUGUACCGAUCGCACGCCACCCGGACCGGUUACGCCACGUGAUAAACUUUAUACGCAACCGAGUGUUAAGAUUGAAAUAAAAUAGUAACAAUAAACAUAUCUGAAGUUUCUAGUCUUAUUUAGUGACACAUGGAUAUCGCCGGCUUAGUACCUGACGGUGGUUCAGAGUGACAGAAAUUAUGCAGGAGCCGCGCUGGACAUUGUAUUUAAUCGGAAUUUUUAUGUUAGGCCUCGAUUCGAAGCUUGUCGGUCAAGCGUUCCAGCCCGAGUUCGCUGAGCCCAUAAGCAAUCUGACCGUCUCGAUAGGCCGAGAUGCCACAUUCAGAUGCCUAGUACAUAACCUUGGUGGAUAUAGGGUCGGGUGGGUUAAAGCGGACACUAAGGCUAUCCAAGCGAUACACGUCCAUGUUAUAACUAAUAAUCACAGAGUGGGAGUAUCCCAUAAUGGUCAGACCGUUUGGAAUCUGCACAUUAAGAACGUGCGAGAGGAGGAUCGGGGACAAUAUAUGUGUCAAAUCAAUACGGACCCAAUGAAAAGUCAGAUGGGUUACUUAGACGUAGUAAUCCCACCGGACUUCGUAGCUGAGGAGACAUCGGGUGACGUAAUGGUACAUGAAGGUGGAACAGUCCGCUUGUCUUGUCGGGCGCGGGGACAGCCACCGCCGAGAGUCAUGUGGAAGAGAGAAGAUGGCUCGGAUAUUGUAAUAAGGGACGCAAAUGGGUCCAAAAAUAAAGUGAGCGUUCUUGAAGAGGAGAUUUUGACGCUAAGCAAGAUUUCACGCUCUGAUAUGGGUGCGUAUUUGUGCAUCGCGAGUAACGGAGUCCCGCCCACAAUAAGCAAGAGGAUUAUCAUCAAAGUUCAUUUUUAUCCGGAAAUUCAAGUUCCUAACCAACUAGUGGGAGCUCCUUUAGGAACUGACGUCACACUCGAGUGCUACGUGGAAUCUUCGCCAAAAUCCAUCAACUACUGGGUUAGAGACUCCAAUGUAUUAUUCCCAGGUGAAAUGGUGAUUUCUUCAAGCAAGUACGAAGUAAUAAAUACUAUGGUCAGCUCGUUCGAAAGUCGUAUGGCGUUGACAGUGCGCAAGCUGGCGGUCGCUGACGUUGGAGGAUACAGAUGCGUUGCAAAAAACUCACUCGGUGGAGUUGACAGCGUUAUUAGACUUUACGAAAUCCCAGGCCCAUCCGAUGAAAUAGCAAUUGCGUCAACCAGAAAAGAAGAUUAUAAAUAUUCAACGCCUCUUGAAGGUCCCGACAACCAGUUCGGAUCAGCCGAAAGAUCCGACGACGAAGACGACAGAGAACCAAUCACAGAUGUGUUAAGAAUCCAAAACAAUUCCCUUGACAAUGAGAGUAAAAACAAAACGUUUUCAAACACGACAAAUUCGAUUGCAAAACAAAAUAUAAGUAAUAAAAUACGUAAAAUUAUUGACAAGCUCGAAAUCGAAGCUAGAGAUAUCGUUUCCAAUACAAGUUUUCUCAAUUCGACAUCGAAUUUCAAAAUUAUUUUCAUAUUUUUUACCUUAAUUUUUUAUCUCAAUUAGUAGCAAUAUAAAUAAUCUUACCAUUAUGUAACCUGCUUAAAUCUUUAUUUAUAUAUAUAUAUAAUUUCAGCAACAUACAUACAUAUAGCAAUUAUAAUAUUGUUACAUAGUUGUAAUCUAUAUUAAUAAUCCCUAACAAUAUACUGAUAUGAUUAAACUAUAUUUUAAUUUUAAGUAAAAUAUAUUACGGGCUUAAUUUGAUUACAUAUAACACGUAAAAUGAAUUAUAACAAGGCACAUCAUAUAAUGGAUGAGUAGCGCUAUGACUUGCAGUAUUUUUUUUUAAUUUAUGAAAUAUACAGGAAGGUAUUUUGUACUUUUAUUUUAAAUAAUCUUUUAAUGUAUCAUAAAAAAAUCUAGAGUUCAAAAAUUGUAUUUUUAAAAAAUAUAUUUUAUUCAUUGUAAUCGUUUUUUACAAACAAAGACAUAUCUCCUCGCACUAACUUGAAUAAAAUUGAGAGGUUUACUAAUAGCUAAUAAUAAUAUUUAUAAUAUAUAAUGAUCAUCAAUAAAAACAUUUCAACGAUAUCAUCUACUACUUUUAAUAUACAAAAUUUGUUUAACACGUUUAAGCUCUACGAUUCGCAUAACAUAGCGCUAUAUCUCCACUGGACGUACAGCGCGGAUAUUAUUAAUUGAAUGUUUUUGAAGUGGCUCGAAAAUUGAUAUUGAUGCGAAUAUUCCGCUGUUUUAAUAUCCUCUCGAGCUAUCCGUGCUAUUUGUAAAAUAACAAACGCAAAAGCCUUAUUUAAGUACAUAAAUACCGCUGUACGUUGGCCCUUAAAAUAAUUAAAUGCUAAUAUUUACUGUUUAUUUUAAACAUUCGAAUAAACUUAAAGGUAAUAAUUACGCUUUAAAAAUAUGCAGAUAUAAGUACAAAUAUUGUAGCUGUAGAUAGAUUUUCAUGUAGGUGUGUAUGUUUAGUAAUCUCCGAUGUAAAACAUCUAUUACGAGUAAGGCUGACUCGUUUGCCGUGACGCAUGACGUUCUAUUUAAGCCAUUGUAGCCAAUCCGGUGCCUCUCUGUACGCUGUGCUGUUGCGAAUAGCUUAUAUAAUACUCUGAGAUUAUGUAUACAUCUAAAUAGAGUGUCAUACAAAGAACUAAAACAAAUGAGCCAACUUCAUCUUGGUGUGCGUAACACCUGCGCUUGACACUCGCCAAACUACUCGAUAGCGUGGCAUAGUCCAGUCAUUAUAUGCAUUUAAAAAAAAUGUAAAUGAGCUGACAAGGCUGAUUUUUGGAUAUAUUGUUGGGAGGGCUCAGAAAAGCUUACCUAGAAAUUGUCGACCUCGAUUCCCUGAUAAUGUGUGUUCGCUGACAUCUUGAUAAAAGUGUUGUAUGUAUUUCGUUUCCUUGUGAUACGAUAACGAUACUAGUAUGUGCGGUGUGAUACAAAACAAUUAUGAUACGACACUUUUUGUUACUUCAUUUACGGUUCACAAUUUAGUUCCUAUACAUUUUACAAAAUGUACAAAAAUCAGUCCAUUCUCGAUCUAUUUGCAUAUUCUCGAAAGUUCUUUUGUAUAUAAUAACUGGACUAUCAAGAGCUAGCCACUAUUGUUUUUUAUAUAUUUUCUAUCUCUACAUAUGAAUCAUCAAAGAUUAUACUAUAUACUUCAUCGCUAUAUAUAAUAAUAGUAAUAAUAACAUAUUUAUUUAAUUAAAGAAACUAUGUUUUUAUUUAUUUUACUACAUAAUUUUAUUUGUACAUUUUAAUUAUAAUACAUAAUCAAACUAAUCAAAGGAUAUAUGUAUCACACUUUGUCUAAGGUUUAGUUUCCUUUAACUUUUUCAGUAUUAUUUAUUCAUAUAUUAAUGUUUAUUUUUAUUCUGUUUCACGUAAAGUUACAUUUUUCAUUAUGUUUUUAUAAUGUUUUAGUGUAAAUAGAUUUUUAUACGUCAUUUAAUUUUAAAAUAAAAGUUAAAUUAAUUAUUUAAUUAGGCACUUAUUUAUUUUUUUAAUGACUUCCUCGUCGAUCUAGAAGUCAGCUAAUAAGGGUGUAAAAUCCGAGGUUCUUGGUUCAAAUCCGCAGCCUUCAGUUUUGAAGUUGGUGCUUGGCAGUGCUUACAUUCCUUUGCCUCCGAAAGCGCGUGAAUCCGAUAGUCUUGCGACUGAAUUCUUACUCCUCGUGUCGGAUUUGUUAACCCGUCUAAGUAUGAAAGUAAGAAGAUAGAGAAUGCACUUGUAUUUGCACAAAUACUUGUGCAGUUUGCAAUAUAAUAUUACCCUUGCAGCUGACAAGUCUCCUUUGUAAAAUGCUAGCGUGGUUUACAUCGGUCAAGAUCAGCUAUGCAGAUUAAACUAUGACAUGACAACGAAAUUUCAGAUCGAAUUAUUGUAACUGUAUCUAAUUUGAUGCUUAAGAGUGUAAAUAUUUUAGAUCUGUGCACAAUUAUUUACUAGUUUUUUGUUACAAGUGUUAUUAUUUAUACCUUAUUUUUGGAACGAAAUUCUUUUAAGCGACUUAAAAUAUCUGUUAUACCCCUUCACGCGUACUUUCCCUUUCUCCUUUUUUAUUCUCUUUCUCUUUCUAUCAUAUACGUAAUAUAUUAAAUUACUUUCAAAUUUAUUUCUUAUCAUUUAAUUCUGCGUAAAUGUUUUUAAUUAAUUCCGUUUUGUAUUUAAUACACAAUACAUAGCAAAAUCAACUUCGUUCUAACCUGAUGCACCACGAAGCCUCUCAUAAUUUUUUUCUCUAAUUUGAAUAUUUGAAGUACAAAUUUGAUUCACAUAGAACUCAAUGAAAGUUUCUUUCGAAGUGUGUUGUCUACAUAAUUACUUAAUUUUUUUUUAUCGAUAAUAAGACAAUAUAUAAAUGUAGGUGUAUCUUUUAAGUAUGUUACUGUUAUAAAAACGAAGAAUUGUUAUAUUUUAAAAUAUAUCUCAUAUCAAAAUCG